CAAAAUAAAACCCGACAGGUCCGCGUGAGACACGAAGAUGGCGUGGACUGACAAGAUUGUCCUCUUCCUGCUGAGCCUAUGGGCAGGAAUCAGUUUCGCUUUCCACGACCCGAACUGUGCCCCAGGCCGCCAUGUUAUUGUGCAUCUGUUUGAAUGGAAGUGGUCGGACAUAGCGGCAGAGUGUGAAAGGUUUCUGGGCCCGAAGGGAUUCUGUGGCGUACAGCUAUCACCUCCCAGUGAGCACAUCGUGUCCACCAACCCGAGUCAUCCGUGGUGGCAGCGGUAUCAGCCGGUUAGCUACCAGCUCAACAGCCGCAGCGGAAAUCGGGCAGCAUUCGCCGACAUGGUUUCAAGAUGUAAUAAUGUCGGCGUUAGAGUCUACGCAGACAUCGUUGUAAAUCACAUGGCAGCAGCAGGAAUUGGAACUGGUUAUGGUGGUUCAAACUACGACUCUGGUUCACUCAGCUACCCAGGGGUUCCGUUUGGCCCGAAUGACUUCAACGGACCGGCAGAAUGUUCCACUAGCAGCGGGAACAUAGAAAACUACGGAGACGCAAACCAAGUCCGCAACUGUCGGCUGCUUGGUAUGCCUGACUUGGCGCUCGGUAAAGAUUAUGUCCGUGGUAAAGUUGCUGAUUAUCUUAAUGACUUGAUUGGUCUCGGCGUGGCGGGAUUUCGUAUUGAUGCAGCCAAGCACAUGUGGCCAGGAGAUCUUGCUGGCAUUUUGGGUCGGCUGAACAAUCUUAAUACGCAGUGGUUUUCGUCAGGGAAGCAGCCGUUUGUUUUUCACGAAGUUAUAGAUCUUGGUGGGGAACCAAUCAAAGGCUCUGAAUAUAAAUCGAUGGGGCGAGUGACAGAGUUCAAAUAUGGCAAGUUUUUGGGAAAGGCUUUUAGGGGUCGCGAUCAACUCAAAUGGCUGGAAACGUUUGGUCAAUCUUGGGGCAUGCUCCACCCUUUUGAUGCUCUCGUAUUUAUCGAUAACCAUGACAACCAGCGGGGAGAAGGGGGCGGAGGAAUGGAUACAAUCGUGACUUUCUUCGAGUCCCGACCUUACAAAAUGGCCAGUGCGUUUAUGCUGGCGCAUCCAUACGGACUUCCCAGGGUGAUGAGCAGUUACCACUGGGACCGCCACAUUGUAGGUGGUGAAGACCACAAUUACUGGAUUGGUCCUCCACACAAUGAGGACUGGUCAACUAAAGAUGUCAUCAUGAACGCUGAUGGUACCUGUGGGAAUGGAUGGGUCUGCGAACACCGCUGGCGCCAAAUUGCCAACAUGGUCGCUUUUCGCAACGCAUGUGACGGGGAGGAGAUCUCCAACUGGUGGGACAACGGUAACAACCAGAUUGCGUUCUCGCGUGGAAACAAAGGAUUUAUCGCAAUUAAUAAUGACGGCAAUGGUUUGGAUGCGACCCUUCAAACUGGUCUUCCAGCUGGCUUGUACUGUGAUGUUAUUUCUGGGGAUUUUGUGAAUGGUGGCUGUUCGGGCCACACCAUCUCUGUUGACGGAAGUGGCAGAGCACACAUCAGUAUUAGUAAUUCCGCUGAGGAUCCUUUUAUUGCAAUUCACGUUGGUGCCAAAAUUGGCGAAGAUGGUGGAGACGAGGGCGGCAGAGAAACGCAACCCCCGGCACCCGCACCCACCCCGGGAGAAGGAUGGGCAAGAACGGUAGUGUUUAUCAAAAAACAAACCCAAUACGGACAAGAUUUGUUUGUAAGAGGAGGCAUCAGUCAUGCUCACCGAACAGGUUGUUCUCAGGAUGCGGCAACCAGUGCUUGUGCCAUCCCAAUCGUGUACAAUGAUCUAGGAGACACUGACCAUCUCGAGAAGUUUAACGCUUGGCGGGGAGGUGAUAGCCGCCUGGACUGGUACGGUCCCGAGCAGGGCCAGGGUACCUUCGGUAGUAAGACGGCCAGUGGAUCGCCAACUGUCUGGACAACGAACGUUCAGGGAGAGGAUGGAUAUUUCCCUGAUAAUAGGUUUGGCGAGCACUAUUGGAUGCUUGACAUAAAUAUGGAUUGCUCUAAGACAGAGGGAGGUUGGUUCGACAUAAAGAGUUACCUCUCUGAUGGUAGCGGCGGUUUCUGGGAAGCUGAUAUCAAUCAAGUGACAUCAUGUGGCGGAUCAGCAGGAGGACAGGCCCCUUAUAGCUCUAAGAACCACGUGGCACGAUGCGGUUAUAUCAACGUGUUUGAAUUUGGCAGUGGAAGCUGCAUCAUCGAUAACUAAAGAAAUAUAAUUAAAAUUUUGCCCUUAAAUCCUUUGCAUAAUUA